GCCAUCCGUGAAGCAUGCCGGGAGUUGUAGGCCAUCCGUGAAGCAUGCCGGGAGUUGUAGGCCAUCCGUGAAGCAUGCCGGGAGUUGUAGGCCAUCCGUGAAGCAUGCCGGGAGUUGUAGGCCAUCCGUGAGGCAUGCCGGGAGUUGUAGUCCGCGCGCGCUCUGGGGCUACUGGGCGCUUCAUGGCAGUCGGCUCUGUGCUCGCCUACUCUUCCGCUCGGCCCUAGAAAGUUUCGUUUCUGCCCAGCGGAGGACCCACGAGCGUGUAAGUGCCGCAGGCGCCCGGACAGGCAUCGGGGACACUGGGGCCUUUCUGGACGUCGGCGCGGAAGCUUCGUGGGGGCGUGGGUCGUCCCCUCCCACACAGGGCGCCUCGGGAGAACCCUCUCUCCAGAGAGGUGCUACCAUGGAGUCUGACCAUUGCUGACCAGCAGCCACACAGCACUGAAGUGAUAGCCUGCUUGGACCUACACAUCUAAGAAAGAGGAAAGCCAUGGCUUCUAGCAGCACUGAGACUCAGCUCCAGAGGAUCAUCCGUGAUCUACAAGAUGCAGCGACAGAACUAAGCCAUGAAUUUAAGGAAGGCGGAGAGCCAAUCACAGAUGACAGCACCAGUUUGCACAAGUUUUCUUACAAACUUGAGUAUCUUCUGCAAUUUGAUCAGAAGGAGAAGGCGAGCCUCCUGGGAAGCAAGAAAGACUACUGGGAUUACUUUUGUGCGUGCCUAGCCAAGGUGAAAGGAGCAAAUGAUGGCAUUCGAUUUGUCAGGUCCAUCUCUGAGCUCCGAACAUCUCUGGGGAAAGGGAGAGCCUUCAUUCGCUACUCUUUGGUGCACCAGAGGCUGGCAGACACCUUGCAGCAGUGCUUCAUGAACACUAAAGUGACCAGUGACUGGUAUUAUGCAAGAAGCCCCUUUCUGAAGCCAAAGCUGAGCUCUGACAUUGUGGGUCAACUGUAUGAGCUGACUGAGGUUCAGUUUGAUCUAGCACCAAGAGGCUAUGACUUGGAUGCCGCCUGGCCAACAUUUGCCAGGAGGACGCUAGCCACCAGCACGUCUGCUUACAUGUGGAAACCCCCCAGCCGAAGCUCCAGCAUGAGUAGUUUAGUGAGCAACUACUUGCAGACUCAGGAGAUGGCCUCCAGUCUUGACCUGAAUUGUUCUCUAAACAAUGAAGCACUAGAAAGCUUCGACGAGAUGCGGCUGGAGCUGGACCAGUUGGAGGUUCGGGAGAAACAGCUACAAGAACGUGUACAGCAGCUAGACAGGGAGAACCAAGCACUGCGAAUGUUGGUCAGCAGACAAGGGGGGCAGCUUCAGGUAGAGAAGGAGAUGGGGUACCUUGCAGUCGAGGACAGCAUUGGCCUUGUGAGCCUGGUAGCAGAACUCCAGAAGCAGGGGGACGUCAGCCAGGCCACAGUGAAGAAGCUACAGUCAUGUCUGCAGGCCUUGGAGCUAAAUGUAGACAAGAAAGAGUACAGUCCCUCAGCCUUGCAGCUUGAGAACAUGGCGAAGGAGCUUGACACUGUGAGAGGCUCCUUGGGUAGGGAGAACCAGCUCCUGGCCAGCCUUUCAGAGCGCCUUGCUAGGGCAGAGAAAGGGGAAAAGACACCUCCAGACACAGAGCUUCAUCAGGAGCCAGUUCCUGCGGAUCUGGUGCUCAAGUUCCAGGAGCUGAAGGGAAAACUUCAAGCCCUAGAAGGAGAGAACACCGAGGCCCAGGAGCUCAACAGGCAGCAGAGUAUCAAGCUAGAGCAACUGGCCAAGGAACUACAGCUGAAGGAGGAGGCCCGGGCUAGCCUAGCACACUUAGUGAAGGAUGUGGUCCCACUUCAGGAAGAGCUGUCUGGAAAGAAGCAAGAGUCAGCUCAGCUCCGACGACAGCUUCAGGAAUCCCUGGCCCACUUGAGCUCUGUGGAGGAGGAGCUGGCUGAAGCCAGGCAGCAGGAAAAGCAGCAUCGAGAAGAAAAGCAGCUACUGGAGCAGGAAGCCACGUCUCUUACAUGGCAGCUGCAGCUCCUAGAGACCCAGCUAGGACAGGUGAGUCAGCUUGUAAGUGACCUGGAGGAGCAGAAGAAGCAACUCAUGCAGGAGAGAGACCAUCUCAGCCAGAGAGUGGGCACACUGGAGCAGCUAGCCGAGGUGCAUGGCCCGCCACAGUCUGCGGAGAUGCCGGAAAAGAGGCAGCAGUGCCUCCGGGAAGAACAGGUAAACAAUAGCACAGUGUCAGAGGCAGAGCAGGAGGAGUUGCAGAAGGAGCUGCAGAACAUGGUUGACCGCAACCAGCUCCUCGAAGGCAAACUGCAGGCCUUGCAAACUGACUAUAAGGCACUGCAGCAGCGAGAGGCAGCAAUCCAGGGCUCUUUAGCCUCCCUGGAAGCUGAACAGGCUAGCAUCCGGCACCUGGGAAACCAGAUGGAAGCAAGCCUCCUGGCUGUGAAGAAAGCCAAAGAGACUAUGAAAGCCCAGGUGGCAGAGAAGGAGGCUGCCCUGCAGAGUAAGGAGAGUGAGUGCCAGAGGCUGCAGGAAGAGGCAGAUCAGUGCCGGCUUCAGGCAGAGGCCCAGGCCCAGGAGCUCAGAGCUCUUGAGAACCAGUGCCAGCAGCAGAUUCAGCUGAUUGAGGUCCUCUCUGCAGAGAAAGGCCAACAGGGACUCAGCCUGCCCCAAGUCAACACAGACCAACUGGCCCUGUCUCAAGCACAGCUGGAAAUCCACCAGGGGGAAGCCCAGCGGUUACAGAAUGAGGUGGUGGACCUCCAGGCCAAGCUCCAGGUGGCCCUAGGUGAUCGAGACAAGUUACAGAGCCAGCUGGGUGUGGCUGAGACAGUUCUAAGGGAGCACAAGACCCUGGUGCAACAACUGAAAGAGCAGAAUGAAGCCCUCAACAGGGCCCAUGUUCAGGAGCUGCUUCAGUGCUCAGAGAGAGAGGGGAUACUACAGGAGGAGAGCAUCUACAAGGCCCAGAAGCAGGAACAAGAGCUACGAGCCCUGCAGGCAGAGCUGUCACAGGUGAGGUGCAGCUCUGAGGGAGCCCACCUGGAACAUGCAGAGCUGCAAGACCAGCUGCACCGAGCCAACACAGACACAGCUGAGCUUGGUAUACAGGUCUGUGCACUGACAGCUGAGAAGGAUCGAAUGGAGGAGGCCCUGGCCAGCCUAGCCCAGGAGCUCCAGGACUCCAAAGAGGCAGCACUACAGGAACGAAAGGGCUUGGAGCUCCAAGUGAUGCAACUUCAGCAAGAGAAGGAGAAGUUGCAGGAAAAGGUGAAGGCAGCUGAGGAGGCAGCCAGUUCAUUCUCUGGUCUGCAGGCACAGCUGGCCCAGGCUGAGCAGCUAGCCCAGAGCCUCCAAGAGACUGCACACCAGGAACAAGAUGCCCUCAAGUUCCAACUAAGUGCUGAGAUUAUGGACCACCAGAACCGAUUAAAGACAGCCAAUGAAGAGUGUGGGCACCUCAGGGCCCAGCUAGAAGAACAAGGCCAGCAGCUGCAAAUGACUAAGGAGGCUGUGCAGGAACUGGAGAUCACCAAGGCGGCCAUGGAGGAGAAGCUGAAUUGCACCAGUAGCCACCUUGCAGAGUGCCAGGCCACUUUACUGCGCAAAGAUGAAGAAAGCACUAUGCUUCAAACCAGUCUAGAAAGAACACAGAAGGAACUUGAAAAGGCUACAUCAAAAAUUCAAGAAUAUUACAACAAACUCUGCCAAGAGGUGACAAACAGGGAAAGGAAUGACCAGAAGAUGCUUGCAGACCUCGAUGACCUGAACAGAACCAAGAAAUACCUUGAGGAGCGGCUGAUAGAGCUGCUCAGGGACAAAGAUGCUCUCUGGCAAAAAUCCGAUGCACUGGAAUUCCAGCAGAAGCUCAGUGCUGAAGAGAAAUGUCUUGGGGACAUGGAAGUCAACCACUGCCAUGACUGCAAGCGGGAGUUCAGCUGGAUAGUGCGACGGCACCACUGCAGGAUAUGUGGCCGUAUCUUCUGUUACUACUGCUGUAAUAACUAUGUUGUGACUAAGCCCAGUGGCAAGAAGGAACGCUGCUGCCGAGCCUGCUUCCAGAAGUUCGGCGAAGGCUCUGGAUCCAAUGAUAGCAGUGGUUCAGGCACUAGCCAGGGAGAGCCCAGCCCCAUGGUGUCACCAGCUGAAGCAAGUCCCCAGUCCAUAGGAAGCCAAGGGAUAAACUCAGUCUGCAGACCACCAGACGAUGCUGUGUUUGACAUCAUCACUGAUGAAGAACUGUGCCAGAUCCAAGAAUCUGGCUCCUCCUUGCCUGAAACACCCACUGAAACUGAUUCAAUGGACCCGAAUACGGCUGAACAGGACACCACAUCAAACUCAUUAACCCCUGAAGACACUGAAGACGUGCCCAUGGGGCAAGAUGCUGAAAUCUGCUUGCUGAAGUCAGGAGAGCUGAUGAUCAAAUUACCCCUCACAGUAGAGGAGGUCGCCAGCUUCGGGGAGGGCAGCAGGGAGCUGUUUGUGAGGUCCAGUACCUACAGCCUGAUCACCAUCACCGUGGCUGAGCCUGGCCUCACCAUCAGCUGGGUCUUCUCUUCUGAUCCCAAGAGCAUCUCCUUCAGUGUGGUCUUCCAAGAGACAGAAGACACGCCGCUCGACCAGUGCAAGGUCCUCAUUCCCACCACCCGAUGCAAUUCCCACAAGGAGAACAUCCGGGGCCAGCUGAAGGUCCGAAUCCCUGGCAUCUACUUGCUCAUCUUUGACAACACCUUUUCAAGAUUUAUCUCCAAAAAAGUGCUUUACCACCUGACUGUUGACCGGCCUGUGAUCUACGAUGGAAGCGAUUUCCCAUAGCAUCAGUACCUGAACUCUAAUUAGCUCUUCAUCAUCCACAGGAAACACUACUCCUCCUCACCUAUCUCAUUAAACAUGAACACGCACACUCAUCCACAAAAUUUUAAAUAUUAAAAAAUUAGAAGCAAAAGAAAGAAAAUCAGCUGUGCCCCCAGCUCAGCAGUUCUGCAGCUUUGGCAGAGGCCUUGGGCUCCACAGUGCGCUUGGCUCCAUGCAGCCGUUACUCUCAGGUCCCAGAGCCCCUAAGAACAAGGUACAAGACUCAGCCUUUUCAUCCAAAGUGACACCAUUAACCACACCUGGGAUCACAGCUGGUAACAAUCUACUGUGUGGUAUUUUUCAGGCCAGACGUGGUCUUGAUAGUAUAUCUACUCUUCAACAGCCAAGAUUGUAGGCCAAGGGCCACUGCCCUGGCCACUUUGUGAAGCCUUGGGUAGUCCUAGGAGAAAAACACUACAGGGUCAUCAUGUCAAAGAUGCCCCCAUUCGUUAAUUUCCCCAUAAGUGGGGUCUGCUUCUUCCACUCAGCGACUUUGGGAGGCCAGAGUUGUUGUGCUGUUCUCCUGAGCCUUUGUCUGCUCGGGGGCUUUGUUCAGCAAGGCCACUCAGCAGAUCUAAAUCACCACCACCACCACCACCACACACACACACUCACACACACACACACUCACACUCACACACACACACUCACACACACACACACUCACACACACACACUCACACACACACUCACACACACACACACACACACACUCUCACACACACACACACACACACACACACACACACUCACACACACACACACACACACACUCACACACACACACACUCACACAUACACACACACACACACACACACUCACACACACACACACUCACACACACACACACACACACACACUCAGGAACCAAACAGAGGUCUAGGAAAAAGCAACUACUACAUGAAGGCUUCAGCUCUGCAUAUGGACAGCAGGAGUCCAAAUACAGGCUAAGUUCCCUACAGUGGCACCAAAGCUCACGUGUCAGCCUAGAGCCCAUCUGUGAUUAUAAACUAGAGUUUCUGCCUCAGCUGCAGACAGCUGUUUACUAAUGAGUGGGGCUGGGGUAAGACCUACUGUCAAUCCCUGCAACCUUUCUAUGAAAGAAAAGUCUUUGGUAACUUAAGAGGCUACCUAGUGGAAGAACAGGACAUAACUUCCAUUUGUCACUCCCUCCCUGUUUGCCUACUUCCUGCUAGUUAGCUCACACCUGAUGUUGUAGACAGUUUACUGUUUCUUUUUCUAGGACAGGCAAAUAGAUAGCUUAGAUAGCUUCCUGUUCUCUCUGGCCCCUUCUUACUCCUACCACCAAGAAUUUACCCAUGAUGGCAACUUUGUUCAGUGUGAAGAAGCCAGCAUGUUCAGCUGAGCCUUUGAAGGCUACCCUGGGUUCUUGUGGGUCUGUAUGUGGCCUGAGAUUGCUAAAAGCCAAAUUAUCUUACCUUUGAACCCUUCUACCCUCUUGCAAAUGGAAUGCUGAAGCCAGCUUGUUCAAUAGAUCAACAGCAUCCAGUACCAAAUAGGAUCUCAUUUUUAUUGCUUGGAUUUUCCAGGGUAUAUUGGAGACACUGGCCAAACUCAUGGCCUUCUGCUGGUGUCACUGCCACCAUCUUCAUCAAGAGCCAUCAUUCACUGAGUUGCUGCUGUGUUGGUGGCCUGGGAGGGGCCUGAGACCUUACAUUUGAGUUCAUCCUGAACUCAGUCACUCAUCAGGAGGCCCAUGUGGUUCUUGUGAAGCUCAGACCUGAGGUGAGAGGCUCCAGUGCUGACUGCAUAGUACUCCACUAGGCAUAUACCAACUCUGUUUUUAAUAGUCUAUUUUUGUGCUAAAUGGGCUUUGUACUGUACUUGCUCCAGUCUGCUGAGCACUAGGUUACUAGAGAACAUUUGGCCCUGUGUAAGUGUGCCUUUCAUACAUAGCUUUAUGGUUUUAAGUAGUCCCCAGUUUUACUGGGGUUUAGUCAUUGGAGUAAAUUUUUGAAAAAUGCAAUUGACAACUGAAGAAUCAUUAAGGAAGAUGAUGGCCCAGCUGGAUUUAAUUACACCAAAGAUCAUAAGGAAACAUCCUUGAGAUCUUGGUGAUUCUCUUCCUGAGGGCAGCCUCUCCUCUAAUGACUCAGCCUAUUCCUAACAGUCAGGUCAGUAGUGUUGCCAGCUGCCUGCUCGCCAAUACCACUGAAGCACUAUGAGACUUCACCCACCUUGAGACAGAGUGGCCCUCCGUGUCUGAGUGGACUUUGAGAGUAUUGCUGACUGAAGUACCCAGGAUUCUAGCUAGUCCUAGACCAAGAGCAGGCAAAGGAAUUCUCAAACAGGAAUCUGGAACUGAAAAUUUCCAUAUGGUUUUGGAGGUAGAAAUGAAGAGCCAUAUAUAAACAAAGAUGUUAUUUCUGAACAAUUUCAAUUGCCCCCCCCCCCAGGUAAUCAAACCACUCCUGGCCCAAAAAGAAGGAAAUCGUGUAGAUAUGGUUUGAUGAUCAUAGGGUUUUGUUUUUAAACUCAAACUCAGUGGUUCAACCUGUGAGAAUUCUUUAAACUGAGAAAAAAACAUUCUUGGCUCACAGGUUUUGGAAAAGGAGGCAGAGAGGAGAGACAUCUUUGACUCCUCAGAACCAGGGAGUGCAAUACAAAGACUAUUGAGUGCUGCUCACAUUUACAAAAACGAACACUACUUGGUAGAAUCUUAGCACACUUUCCUUGUCUCAUUUCAUUUCUUCUGAGGAAACAGGAAAGUUAAUUCAUAAUUUCCUUUUCCCUCUCAAGCACUUUUUAAAUUUCCAGAGACCUCUGAUCAAGGGUCAUUUUUAGAGCCUUUUGAUGUGUGUUUAAUCUCACUCAAUGUUCUUUUGGUGACUGCAGUGAUACUGAGCCUCCGUGGGAAGGCUUAACAGUUAGAGUGCACUUUAAUUCAUUAAUUCACGAUCCAUGUGGCCUUAUAAUAAUGGGUCAAGGAACCCAUUUCAUUCUUGCCUGCCAAAGAGUUACACAGAAGCACAUCAAACACCAGCACUUCACCUGCACGAAGGGAUGAGACUGGGAUCCCUGAGUAAACUUCUUUAAUAGUGUGUGCUAUGCCAUUUGGAAAUGUUUUUUAACCUCAGGUUUUAAAUAAAGCAAAUACUGUGGCAUUUGGA